AUGAACUCUGCCAUCACCAGCUGUGAGCACCCCGAGCCCUUGAAGGGUGAUGGUGUAUUCAACUCCCAUGAAGGUGGCCAAGGCAGGAAGAAGGAUGGCCAGCCUAGGGGUCUCAGCAGUAACCUGGCUUAUAGCAUCCUGGAUAUCCCACCAUGGUAUCUCUGUAUCUUCUUGGGAGUGCAGCACUUCCUCACAGCCCUGGGGGGACUCGUGGCAAUUCCACUCAUCCUGGCCAAGGACCUGUGUUUGCAGCAUGACCCCCUGACCCAGAGCUACCUCAUCAGCACCAUUUUCUUCGUCUCUGGCAUUUGCACUCUCCUGCAAGUAGUUUUAGGAGUCAGGCUGCCCAUUCUCCAGGGAGGAACAUUUGCUUUUCUGGCACCCUCCCUGGCCAUGCUGUCCCUUCCUACCUGGAAGUGCCCCAUGUGGACGCUCAAUGCCAGCCUGGUGAACACCAGCUCCCCUGAAUUCACUGAGGAAUGGCAGAAGAGGAUCCGAGAGCUGCAGGGAGCCAUCAUGGUUGCUUCCUGUGUCCAGAUGCUGGUGGGCUUCUCAGGCCUCAUUGGCUUCCUCAUGCGCUUCAUCGGCCCCUUGACCAUUGCUCCGACCAUCUCCCUGGUGGCCCUGCCUCUCUUCGAUUCUGCGGGCAAUGACGCCGGGAUCCACUGGGGGAUUGCUGCCAUGACCAUCUUCCUCAUCGUGCUGUUUUCUCAGUACCUGAAAAACAUCGCGGUGCCUGUGCCUGUUUACGGAAGAGAGAAGAAGUGUCACACCUCUAAGUUCUACCUGUUUCAGGUCUUCCCUGUGUUGCUGGCGCUCUGCAUCUCGUGGCUGCUGUGCUUCGUGCUCACAGUCACCGACGCCCUCCCCUCGGCACCUGCAGCCUACGGGUACCUGGCCCGCACAGACACCAAAGGCGACGUCCUGAGCCAGGCUCCUUGGUUUCGCUUCCCUUACCCAGGGCAGUGGGGCCUCCCCACCAUCAGCCUGGCUGGGGUCUUUGGGAUCGUCGCGGGGGUGAUCUCCUCAAUGGUGGAGUCGGUAGGCGAUUAUUAUGCCUGUGCCCGCCUGGUGGGGGCACCACCCCCUCCGAAGCACGCCAUCAACCGAGGCAUCGGCAUCGAGGGCCUGGGCUGCCUGCUGGCAGGGGCCUGGGGUACGGGGAAUGGCACCACCUCCUACAGCGAGAAUGUCGGCGCUCUGGGCAUCACCAGGGUAGGGAGCAGGAUGGUGAUUGUUGCGGCGGGCUGCGUGCUGCUCCUGAUGGGCAUAUUUGGGAAGAUCGGGGCUGCGUUUGCCACCAUCCCAACCCCUGUGAUCGGAGGCAUGUUCCUGGUGAUGUUUGGUGUCAUCACUGCCGUGGGGAUUUCCAAUCUUCAGUACGUGGACAUGAACUCGUCCAGAAACAUCUUUGUCUUCGGCUUCUCCAUCUACUGUGGGCUUGCUGUUCCCAACUGGGUGAACAAGAACCCGGAGAGGCUCCACACAGGGAUUCUGCAGUUGGACCAGGUCAUCCAGGUGCUGCUGACCACGGGCAUGUUUGUUGGUGGAUUUCUGGGCUUUCUACUGGACAACACCAUCCCUGGAAGCCUGGAGGAGAGAGGCCUCCUGGCGUGGAAUCAAAUCCAGAAGUCUGAGGAGACUACGAAGAUCUCGGAGGUCUACAGCCUCCCCUGGGGGAUCGGCACCAGGUUCUGCGCAUCCUCCUGCACCCGAUGCCUCCCCUUCUGGCCCAAACUGGAACGUGGUGGGAGAGGUGAGGUGGGGGUGAGCCAGCUGACGCUCUGCUCCUGGGACCCCUCAGAAGAGCGACCCAAGGGCGCCACAGACACCAGGAUGUAA